CAGCUGAUCGGUUAUUCACGUACGUGAGAUCAGCUGUGCGCAAUCAUGGACGCGUUGAGCGACGAGGAUUUUGUAAUACCUCCGGUAAAAUACGAAUAUUUGGACCAUACGGCGGAUGUACAAUUACACGCAUGGGGCGAUACUAUGGAAGAGGCUUUCGAACAAUGUGCGGUGGCCAUGUUUGGGUACAUGACGGAUUUAGAGCGGGUUCAAAUAACACAAGUACACUACGUGGAAGCAGAAGGACACGACAUGGAAAGUCUACUUUUUCAUUUCCUCGAUGAAUUGUUAUUCAUGUUUUCUGCCGAACCGUUUCUCGUUGCGAAGAAAGUGAAGAUUACUAAUUUCGACCGUGAAAACUUCAAGAUCACAGCGAUGGGGUUAGGAGAAGAAUUCACGAUUGGCAAACACACGCAGAACGCCGAGGUGAAAGCUAUCACGUAUUCGGCCAUGCAGGUCCUCGAUCGUCCGGAAACAAAUUGUCCCGAACUUUUCGUGAUUGUAGACAUAUAGCUCUUUCGGGUCCUGUUCGGUGUACCGUUUGAUUUUUUGGCGCGCCCUUGGAAUUUGGCUUGGUUAAUACUUAAGACACAAAAGUGGGGAGGAACACAUGAAUACAGGAGCAAGAAGGGAGGUAUAUACCCUCCCUUACGUCCUACAUAGGGUACGAUCCUUUUGUAGUUGCGUAGGGUUCAAAUAAAUACGUUACGAAGAAAACACCGGGCUCCCUUCUUGGCGGCCUACCUCAGGUACGUAGCAACGCAAGAAAAAACCCUGCAAUUUAUUCAAGGGAUUACUCAGAGACAACGUUAUACCGCCAACGUAUGAUUGUAUGCGAUGUAUUUGAAUAAUGUAAAUAUUUUUC